AUGCAUGGAGUCUCUAGCCCUAGCGCUGAGGGGAAAAGGAAUAAGCUCUCUUUUGCGCGAACGGUUCAGCGUUCCGUUCCUAAACCAGCAAAUGUUUUCGCUCAGGAUUUCAACGCUCUUCACCCAGUAAACAUUGGCAACAAAUCUAUUCUUCGGAUUCCUGAAUCCCUUUAUCAAAGUAAACUCAAGGAGUUUGAGUUCGCUAUCCAUGCUAGACUUUUGCUGAAUAAGGGUGAUACCCCUAGAUUUGCUUCUGACAUUAAACAAGAGCUCAUGGCUUUAUGGAAAACCUCGGAUGCGAUCCGUGUGGUGCCGCUUGGGAAAGGUUUCUUUUCGAUAAUUUUCACGAACGAAGCUGAACUUGCUACGGCAAAAUCUAGGGCUACUUGGAAAUUGAGUAAAGGUAUUAUUCGUAUCAGGGAAUGGGUUCCGGAUUUUGACCCGUACAAAGAAUCAUCGGCUCUCUCUCAAGUCUGGUUGAGAAUAUAUUAUCUUCCUCACGAAUACUGGCAUCCGGAAGUUAUUAUCGGCAUUGCCAGAUAUGUCGGUCUGCCUAUUAAACUUGAUGGCUUUGCGUUUGCUGGACAUGUUGGUCACUUUGCUCGUGUUCUUGUAGAUAUGGACGUCUCUAAGCCCAUCCCCGAAACUCUCACGGUGGAUGAGGGGACUCGCUCUUUUGAGGUAGAAUUUGUCUAUGAAAAUUUGCCGCAUUUCUGUGGUUAUUGCAAACUUGCAGGACAUAAUAUUGCCCAAUGCCGCCGCAAGAAGUAG